AUGCCUAACAAAGGGAUGCAACACGCAGGCCACGUCUUGAGAUGGGCUCUAGUUCUUUCUACGUUACAUGUGGCGUAUGGAGACGUCAGCUACUCUUUUCCCGAAGAGAUGAAACGAGGAACCGUUAUCGGGAAUAUAGCCAAGGAUCUCGGACUGGAAGUGGGCAGAUUGUCUGCAAGAAAGGCUCGUAUUGACACGGAAGGGGACACCAGACGGUACUGUGACAUAAAUCUGAGUAAGGGGGAUUUGACCGUUGCCGAGAGGAUCGACAGAGAAGCGCUUUGUGGCAAGAAGGCCUCCUGCGUUUUAAAACUGGACCUGGUACUGGAGAAUCCAUUGGAGCUGCAUCGCGUCAGUCUCCAUAUACAAGACAUCAAUGAUAACCCCCCACUUUUCACAAAGGAUGUAAUUAAAAUGGAGAUCCAUGAAUCUAAAGCCAAAGGAGCUCGCUUUUCUUUAGAUGAGGCUCGCGAUGCGGAUAUUGGAGAGAAUGCUGUGAAGGAAUACAUUCUCCAAAAUAAUGAUCAUUUUCUUUUUCAUUUUGAGACUAAAUCUGGCGGACGUAAGUCAUGUGAGCUCGUACUUGAAAAGGAAUUAGAUCGUGAAAUCGAACAAGAAAUCAGUUUAAUUCUUACAGCCCUGGAUGGUGGUGCUCCUCAGAGAUCAGGUACUGUAGUGAUACACGUCACUGUACUGGAUGCUAAUGAUAACGCCCCAGUGUUUAGCCAGGCUGCUUAUAAAGCAAGUUUACCUGAAAACUCUCCUUUGGGCACCACUGUCAUAACUGUGAGUGCUACUGAUGCUGAUGAAGGAGAUUACGGUGAAGUAACUUAUGAACUGAAUCAUGUGUUGGAUAAAAAUAGACAUGCUUUCUCCCUCGACCAGAAGGCCGGUGAGGUGAAAGUCAAUGGGCCAUUAGAUUUUGAGGAAGAGUCUUCAUAUGAAAUACAGCUAAGCGCAAAAGACAGGCUUGGCCUGGCAUCGUACUCCACCUUGACUAUUGAGAUCACUGAUGUAAAUGACAAUUCGCCAGUGAUAUUUCUUAAAUCACUGACAAACGCUAUACCGGAAAACACGCCACCUGGUACAGAGGUUGGCAUCAUUAACGUGCAGGACAGAGACUCUGAGAUUAACAAACAGGUCCACUGCUCCAUUCAACAGAACGCUCCUUUUAAACUGGUUCCUUCCAUCAAGAACUAUUAUUCUCUGGUGACCACUGCUGAACUAGACCGUGAACUAGUGUCUGAUUACAACAUCACAAUCACUGCUACUGAUGAGGGCUCUCCUCCUCUUUCCUCCUCUAAAAGUGUUCACUUAUCUGUAGCUGACGUCAACGACAACCCACCUGUGUUUGAGGAGCAGUCCUACAACGCCUACGUGACUGAAAACAACAAACCUGGAUCUACUUUAUGUUCCGUUAGUGCCCUAGACCCAGACUGGAGACAAAACGGUACAGUGAUUUAUUCUCUUUUAUCUGGGGAGGUGAACGGUGCCCCGGUGUCCUCCUAUCUCUCCGUUAACGGAGACACGGGGCUGAUCCACGCUGUCAGGUCGUUGGAUUAUGAACAGUUCAGGAGCUUUAAAGUUCACGUGAUGGCGCGAGACAACGGUUCUCCUCCACUCAGCAGCAACGUGACCGUCAGUGUCUUCAUAACGGAUGUGAAUGAUAACUGUCCUCAGAUACUUUACCCCGCCCCGGAGGGACACUCCUUCAUGACUGAACUCGUCCCCAAAGCAGCUCACGCGGGCUCUCUAGUGUCCAAGGUGAUAGCGGUGGAUGCAGACUCCGGACAGAACGCCUGGCUGUCCUAUCAUAUAGUCAAAUCCACUGAUCCGGGACUUUUCACUAUUAGUCUGCACAGUGGAGAGAUCAGGACACAGCGGGACAUUUCUGAAUCUGACAACAUGAAACAGAAUCUUAUUGUGGCAGUGAAAGAUAACGGACAGCCCUCUCUGUCUGCCACCUGUUCCAUGUAUUUACUGAUUUCUGAUAACUUGGCUGAAGUGCCAGAACUGAAAGACAUGUCUUAUGAUGAGACUAACUCCAAACUGACCUCUUAUCUGAUCAUCGCGCUGGUGUCAGUCUCCACCUUUUUCCUGACCUUCAUUAUUGUCAUCCUGGGUGUGAGGUUUUGUCGCAGGAGAAAACCCAGACUGUUGUUUGAUGGAGCGGUGGCCAUCCCCAGUGCUUAUCUGCCUCCUAAUUACGCAGAAGUUGACGGAACAGGAACUUUACGCAGCACUUACAAUUAUGACGCUUAUCUGACAACGGGCUCUAGAACCAGUGACUUCAAGUUUGUGAGAUCUUACAAUGACAACACACUGCCUGCAGAUCAGACUCUGAAGAAAAGUCCAACUGAUUUUGCUGAAUUGUUUGGUGACAACAACGGCUCUCCAGAGGUAGGAUAA